GCGGACAGGAGGCGGGGUCCUGUGUGCCGCGCUUCCUCCGGCUGUGGCUUCCGCAUCGCAGCCCCAGUGGCUGGGUUUCUGGCUGCAGCCGGAGUCCCGGCGGUGGCCCGCUCGGCAGCGGGGCUGGACCCUGAUCUAGGAGCGGGAGUCAGGACAGGAGCCUGGCCUGAGGCGGCUGCGUCCCUGCGAGAUGGACGGGACAGAAAGCAGUGCCGGGCAGCCUGGCCCCGCUGAGCGGUCCCACCGAAGCAGCAUGUCCUCCGUGGGAGCCCGAGCAGCUGAUGUGCUGGUGUACCUGGCGGAUGACACGGUGGUGCCCCUGGCUGUGGAGAACCUGCCCUCACUCAGUGCCCACGAGCUGCACCGUGCAGUCCGUGAGGUCCUGCGCCUCCCAGACAUCGCCCUGGAUGCCUUCGCCCUCUGGCUCGUCUCCCCUCUUCUGGAGGUGCAGCUGAAGCCCAAGCACCUGCCCUACAAGCUGGGCCGCCAGUGGCCGGAGCUGCUGCUGCGCUUCACCGAUGCGCCGGAUGAUGAUGUGGCCAUAGAUGAACCUUCCCUGCAGUUCCGAAGGAACGUGUUCUUCCCAAAGCGGCGGGAGCUCCAGAUCCAGGAUGAGGAGGUCCUGCGGCUGCUCUAUGAGGAGGCCAAGGGCAACGUGCUGGCCGCACGGUACCCAUGUGACGUGGAAGACUGUGAGGCGCUGGGCGCCCUCGUGUGCCGCGUGCAGCUUGGGCCAUACCAGCCCAGCCAGCCUGCGGCCUAUACCCUGAGGGAGAAGCUGGACUCCUUCCUCCCUGCCCACCUCUGCAAGCGGGGCCAGGGGCUCUUUGCUGCCUUCCGAGGCCGUGGGGCCAAGGCUGGGCCAGGCGAGCAGGGCCUGCUGAACGCCUACCGCCAGGUGAAGGAAGCAGUUGGCAGCGACGGUGGGUGCGAGGCCACCCUGGGCACACACUACCAUGCCUACCUCCUCAAGUGCCACGAGCUGCCCUUCUACGGGUGUGCCUUCUUCCACGGUGAGAUUGACAAGCCGGCCCAGGGCUUUUUGCACCGAGGUGGGCGCAAGCCAGUGGCUGUGGCCAUUAGUCUGGAGGGCGUGCAUGUCAUCGACAGCAGGGAGAAGCAUGUCCUGCUGGGCCUGCGCUUCCAGGAGCUGUCAUGGGACCAUACCUCCCCUGAGGAGGAGGAGCCUGUCCUGUGGCUGGAAUUCGAUGGGGACAGCGAGGGCAUGCCAGUCAACAAGCUCCUCAAGAUCUACUCCAAGCAGGCUGAACUGAUGAGCGGUCUCAUCGAGUACUGCAUUGAACUGAACCAGGCUGCAGAGCCAGCUGCCCCCCAGGAGAGCGUGCCUGGCCCCCAAGCAGCUCCCACCUCCUCGCCACCCGCCACUCAGCGCCCCAAGCUGCGGAGGCAGGGCAGCGUGGUGUGCAGCCGCAUUCAGCACCUCUCCACCAUCGACUACGUGGAAGACGGCAAGGGCAUCAAGCGCGUGAAGCCGAAGCGCACUACGUCCUUCUUCAGCCGGCAGCUGUCCGUGGGCCAGGGGAGCUACACCGUGGUGCAGCCCGCCGACAGCCUGGAGCAGGGCUGAGGGUGGCAGUGCCAGGCAGGAGGGCACAUGGGGCCCCUGGACCUGGCCCAACACUGUCCUCCCCUAAAGGUUGUGCACAGCGAGCAGAGAGGGCCACCUCAGCACUCAGGGUCCGCAGGUAUUUUAGACCAUGGAAAAGUGACUUCUGUGCCUGGGACCAAACCUGGGCCUCCAAGGGUCCCUCCUGCAGCCUGCUCUCCCUUCCCCUGGACUGUGGGCCCAGCUGCUCUCUCAGGAUCAUCGGGUCAGGCCCUGGUCGCCUCCUCCCACCCAGAGACACGCCUUUAUGCCCAUCUCAAGAUGGACGGUGUCCCCUGCUGUGAUGGCAGGUGAGGGUUAUGACUUGGGACCCUCAGGCCCAGUGUGUGCCUUUGGUCUUCCCCUCAGACUCUGGUGACCACCUCCCUGCCUGCCUUCUGCUGGCAUGCUACCCCCACUGCCAGGGUGGGCGGCCGCUCUGAGGAGGGCAGGAGACGGCCUCCCUGGGUUGAACCAUGGCAGAAACAAAGUGAGGGUCCCCACCCUGUACCUCCCUGGCUGAAUUGAUUCUGGAGGGAGCUAGGCAGGGCCUGAGCUGGGGGGACCCUGUGUCCCUCACUCUAAUCUCCAGCAUGAGACACUCUGACCAGAAGGACAGUGCCUUUUGUUAGCCUUUGGUGAUGUCACUGUGCUGGGAGGUGGCUGUCCUGCGGACCAACAGGCCCACAAGACCCAUGUUUCUGUGAAAAGCUCCCAAAAACCCCCUUGGUGCUCCCCUGGGCCCAAGGCUGCCCUCGGCAGACCCACGGAACCUGCCCUUUCCUCCCAGUGUCCUCAGUCUUCAGGGGUUAGUUUUGGUCUUUGUUCAUCUGCUUUGGUUCCAUGAAGUCUGUGAACUUGGAGGCAACUCAAGGAAACACCCUCAUUCGCCUCAGGGCUGCUGGCUGUCUCUGAAGAGACGGCUGUGGGUGUCCCUGGAGGCCAGACUAUGAAAGCCCUAGCGAUACCAGACAGUUUCUUCUUUCUUGAGGACGUUGGGAAAGGUGGCUUGGAUGUGGGUGCUCGGCUUGGCUUCGCUUCCCCAGCUUUGCCCUCCUGGGAACAGCGGCUCUGUCUCCCCCCAGGUGAGCCCCCUCCCCAAGAGGAGGAUGUUCCCAGCCCUUGGGCCCCUCCGUGGAGGACAGGGGGGUCUCAUGGGUGCUUCCUGGGACCACCCAGGGGAAGGAGGCAGACUGGCUCAGCACAAGGCUUUGCCUUGUGUUCCCUUCCCUGUGGAAAACUAUGGAGAGGAGACACGAGCCUCAGGUACUCCAGAUCUAAGGGCCUGUUCACCUCCUCCUCCUGUUGGUAACUUUGAACACUCCGGUUUUGAGGUGGACUUGCCUUCCAGCAGCAGGGACUUUGUUGUUUGUCAUAAGAAAUAGACUGGGAGGUGUCCCCAGCCUUCUGGAAUGCCCCGGCUGCAGGGCGGUGUCAGCUGCCACAUC